GCUCCGCUGCCCAACUUGAGCGUCUCCCGGACAGGCAGCCAGGGGAGCGGAGCGGAGCAGAGUGUGUAGUUGUGAGUGUGAAAGCGUGAGACAUACACUGAUACACUAAGGAGAUCGGGAGUUUUUGGAGCUGGCGAACGUGGAAGAAAAGGAUUGCCUUUUAACUCUCUUGGAAUAAUUUGCAUUUCUUGUCUUUUUAAAACCUAUGUGUCUGUACUAGAAGAAGCAUCGGGGGCCCCGAAACAUGAAGUCCUGGGUCGUGUUGUGUUUUUGUUUUUUCCAAACAGUCUUUUCACUGACACAGUUUGCUUCCAUUUCACCUCAGGACCCCGUGCUCACUAUUGGCUCUUCUCUCACGGCGACAUGUGUGGUCAGAGAAGAAUUCAGCCUGGAGGCUAAGACCCUGUUCUGGACGCUGAACGGGAAGAGGCUGCCCGCUAAGACCUACACCAUCGUGAACAAAACUGCACUCGCUAUCACUCUACAGCAUCUCAACGGCUCACGGCAGCAGUCCGGAGACAACCUUGUGUGCCACAGCACCGAGGGCCACAUCCUGGCAGGCUCCUGCAUUUAUGUGGGCAUGCCACCUGAAAAACCAGUGAACCUGACCUGCUGGUCCCGAAACACCAAAGAUCUCACCUGCAAAUGGAGGCCUGGGGGUGAGGGCGAGACUUUUCUCAAAACCAAAUAUACACUCAAGUAUAAACUACGGUGGUACGGGCGCGAGAAGGAAUGUGACGAUUAUAACCUUGGAGACCCCUACUCUUGCUACAUCCCACGUGACUUGGCUUUAUUCACACCUUACGAGAUAUGGGUGGAGGCCUCGAACCGCUUGGGCUCAGCCAGUUCUGAUAUCACUACGCUGGACAUCCUUGACGUAGUGACCACAGACCCUCCAUCAGAUGUUCACGUAAGCAGAGUGGGUGAUCUGGAAGACCAGCUGAUUGUGCGUUGGAGUUCACCUCCGGCCCUUAAGGACUUCUUGUUUCAAGCCAAGUAUCAGAUUCGCUACCGGGUGGAGGAUAGCAUGGAGUGGAAGGUGGUAGAUGAUGUUGGGAACCAAACGUCUUGUCGACUGGCGGGGCUCAAGACUGGGACUGUAUACUUUGUGCAAGUUCGCUGCAAUCCUGUCGGGAUCUAUGGCUCUAAAAAAGCUGGUAUCUGGAGUGACUGGAGUAAUCCCACUGCUGCCUCCACUCCCCGGAGUGAGCGCCUGGGAGACAGUGUCUGCGACCCAAAGAGUGGCGAGCAAAACUCAACCCUGCGCCGGGAGCUUAAGCAGUUUUUUGGGUGGGUUCGCAAGCACGCCUAUGGGUGCAACGGCAUGAGCAUCAAAUUGUAUGACCAGUGGCGGGUUUGGCUACAGAAGUCCCACAAAACGCGCAACCAGGUAGGUUCUACAAGGAGAUAAAUCCUAGCUGGCUCUUUCCGGGCACCCCAGGGUCAGUCAAAACUUUCCAAUGACUCGUGCCCAGGAGAACAAAGAUGCUAAAAAUCAUUUGCCUUCUACCAGCCAACUGCAGAAUCGGGGCUACCUGUGCCUCUACAAGUGACCCUGCGGUGAAGACCCGUCGCCAGAAGGAUGCCAGUAAUCAGCCGUCAGUGAACUUUGCAUGAGGUCAUUGGGAGGUUUCCUUUAAAGUAAUUGCAGCCGAUACAGGCUUUGUACUUUUCUAACACGUGGUUCUUGUUUUUACAGAGUGUAGGUAUUUGGUACAUUGUGCUUCUAUUACUGAUUAAAAAAAAAAAUCGUUCUGGAUUCAAACCUUAAUGGGGUUGGAAUGUUUUGCAGGGAAUAUUUAAAAUUGUGCUUCUCAAGACAGCCCGGCAAUUUUCUCAACUCUCGCAUCUCAGACAGGCGGAGUGCAGUACAGGGAAUGAAAGGCUUUACGUGCUGCUCUUAAACAGUUACUGCUGUCAAAUGUUUUUUAAUUCUUUACAUUUAUAAAGUGCUUUUUUUACUACUCAAAGCGCUCUCCUUGCAGGGAUGAUCCGGGAAACGAACCCACAAUCUCCUUACUGCAAAGCAGUAGCGCUAUGACUGCACCACCUGCGUGGUAACAGUUUUUAGGGUUGGGUAGGGUUUGCCCAUCUUUGAACAGAUUAUCUCCUAGGGUUAUAUUCUCAUCUAAGUUUCUAAAGGGGGUUGAUUUUUUAACAUUAGGGCUACCAACUUGUAGAGUUUUAAGGUUAGGGUUGGUUUGGAUGUGUCGUUACUGUAAGAUAUGGCCCAACCCAGAUUUUAAAUCAAUUUCCAGAAUGUUAAAGGGGUCUAAAUUUUUAAUCUGAGGGCUCUCAUCCCCUAAAUGUUUAGGAGUUGGGUUGAGUUGGGUUUGUCUGUCAGUCAAGUUGCACCCUAAUUCUGAAUAAAGAGGAAUAUCUACAAUGGUAAUGGGGAUUAAUUCUUAAACAUUAGGGCUGAUGUUAUCUAAGUUAUUAAGUGUGGUUUUAAUUCCAUCACAGUAUAUAGACACGCAUAUAUUACAGUUAAAGUGUAUAAUCCACUACAUCUUGGAAUGAAUCUUUCCAUUUUCCAGACAGUUUUUUUCUACUGUAGCGGCUCCCAGCAUUGUGGGACAGAAGCUAAUGAAAUACCUAAAACUUAAAAAAGAAAAACAAAAAAACAGAAAGCGAUUGUUCAGGAUUACCCAGAACAACAAAGCGACGACAGUGGAUGUAAGGACCACUGAACAAAGUCGAGAAUCCAAAUGCAGGUGUAAUGCAUUAUGGUGUCAAUGACUCUCUGCUAGGUUUAUUGUAUGACAAGAAGGCAUUAAUUAAUAAUUAGCAACUAAAACCUCAAAGUAAUAAACUAUUACUGUUUCAGAAUUGCACCUUUAUUAAAUAGAGUUAAAUAUAAAUAUGUUUAAAUUUCAUCUUAUAAAGCUCUCUUCUACAUUCCCAGUGCUCAGACUGAAUUCAGUUUAAUUCAAUUCAUUUUGUAUAGCACUCCUGACUGAGAAUCGCAAUUCACCAACAGUCAAGUGCUGGAGUUUAGAACAUUUAAAUAAACACACAAAUUACAUUAAACACAUGUUAAAAAAAAAAGAAGGAAUUGCACUGACUAACAUAAAGCGUCACAAUGUAAAGUCUUGAUGAGAUAAAACUAGAUGAUAGAUCAGGAGAGCAGAGGAGAGGAAAAUGAAGAACACCAAUUCACAGCAUUCCUGAGGAAAAUAAAUCUCUGGAGUUCCAUAGUCGAUUAUAGCAGACAAGUCAUAGUUCUGAUGUCCUUCACCGACCGCCUGGUCUCCCUCUCUUAGGCUGGCUCAGUUGUCAUCCCAAGUUACACUGAAUGAGAACUAUAAAGUGGGAGUGGCCUGCAAUAGCUUAACAGCCUAUCAAGAGGCUCGUCCCAUCUUCUAACUAUUCAUUCACUCACUCACUCAUUCUCACCUGCAGUCUUAGCAGAGAGGCCUAUGUGUCCUUUUCCCCAGCCAUACUUGCCAACUCAUACUGUGAGAUCCCAAGGCAUUUCCAGGCCUAUUUGGGAGAUGUAAUCCUCCUAGUGAUCCCUGGAAUCUCCAUAAAACCUUCACAGGGAGGUGUCCAGGGGGAAACACGUCAAUUGGUUCCUCUCGACAUGGAGAGUCAGCGGCUCCACUCUGAGCCCGUCCCAAAUGUCUGUGCUUCUUACCCUGUCUCAAAGCCUUCCAACUAACUCUGCCAUAGUAGGCUUCAGUACGUAGUGGUCAGCAUAAAUGAUACACCCCAAAAGAUUUUUCAGAAAAUAGUAUCUCCCUUUAAAAUGAAUACAUUCUAUGAGAUCCCAUACCAUAAAACAGAACCAGAAAUCUGAUGUAUUGGAUGCAAAUGAGAUU